AUGGAAAUCACGGCUGGUGACCUCCCCGGCCUGCUCGCCGAUGACAACUCGGUCAAGCUUGCUGGCGUCGACGUUGACGGCAUACUCCGCGGGAAGCUCGUCUCCAAGAAGAAGUUCCUGUCCAUCGCUGAGACGGGCUUUGGCUUCUGCUCCGUUGUCUUUGGCUGGGACAUGCACGACAUGACUUACAUGCGCGAGCUCAAGGUUAGCAACAAGGAGAACGGGUACAGGGACCUCAUCGCCGUGCCAGACCUCAACUCCUUCCGCCGCAUCCCCUGGGAGAACAACGUCCCCUUCUUCCUGGUCAGCUUUCUCGACCCGGACACCGAGAAACCGAUCCCGCCAUGUCCCAGAGGCCUCCUCAGAACACAGGUAGAGAAGUUCGCGGCCCAUGGCUACGGUGCCAUGGCUGGAGCCGAGUACGAGUUCUACCAGUUCAAGGCCCCGCCGUCCGACGGCCGUCAGUCGACCGCCGCAUUCCUGCAACAGAACCCCGCUCAGUCUCUCCCGCCCCUGACCGACGGCAUGUUUGGCUACAGCCUGACGCGGCCCGUCCACAACCGAGAAUACUACUAUGAUAUCUUCAACACAUGCCAGAAAUUCAAGUGCGACAUCGAGGGAUGGCACACCGAGAGCGGGCCGGGGGUCUUUGAAGCAGCCCUCGAAUUCGGCGAAAUCAGGCAGAUGGCGGACCGCGCGAGCCUCUUCAAAUACGUCGUCAAGUCAGUGGCAACAAAGUACGGCAUCACGCCCUGCUUCAUGGCCAAGCCCAGACAGGGACUACCGGGUAACAGCGGACAUAUGCACGUCUCGCUGGUGGAUGGAAGCGGGAAGAAUCUCCUUUACCGCGGGGAGCGCGACCCGGACCCCCCAUACCCUGACGUUGCGUACCUCUCCGACGUGGGGCGGCAUUUCCUGGCCGGCGUCCUGGAGGGGCUGCCGGACGUCAUGCCCAUGGUGGCGCCCACCAUCAACAGCUACAAGCGGCUGGUCGAGAACUUCUGGGCGCCCGUCACCGUCUCGUGGGGGCUGGAGCACCGUGCCGCCUCGAUCCGCUUGAUCGCUCCACCCACGUGCAAGCCCGGCGCGACGCGGCUCGAGGUCCGGGUCGCGGGCGCCGACGCCAAUCCGUACUACGUGCUUUCCGCCAUUCUGGCGCUCGGGUGGCGCGGCGUGGAGAAGAAGCUGGAUUUCCCGUGUCCCCCGCUGGCGAGGGGCGAGGACGUUGGGGGCAGCACGGACAUGGGCGUGCGCCUGGCUAAGACCUUGCGGGAGGCCAAUGACAGGUUCACGCGUGCGGGCAGCAUCGCGAGGGAGGUGUUUGGCGACGAGUUUGUCGACCACUAUGGGGGGACGAGAGAUCAUGAGAAUCGGCUGUGGGAUGAGGCGGUGACUGACUGGUGA